GAAAAGAAAAAUGAUUUUGCUUUUUGUUUAGUUUUUCUGGAACCAACCAGUUCAUUUCUUCGCUCUUCAAUAAGUCUUCUUCUGGUUUCUCUCUCUAGAUCCCUCUUACUUUUUCUAUCUCUUCUGAUUGGUCGGUUUUCACAGAGAAGUUGAUAGGGUAAGCAGAAAAUGAGUCAGAAGGCGCAAUAAACGAACAAACCCAAAUUUAAUCAAAAUUUUGAAAGCAAUCUCCUCUCUCAUCUUAAAUCUUAAAAACAGAAGGAGGAGGAGGAUUGUUUGUUUUGUUUUUAUAAUAAUGGCGAGAGAGAAAAUACAGAUCAAGAAGAUAGAUAAUGCAACAGCAAGACAAGUAACGUUUUCAAAAAGGAGAAGAGGGCUUUUUAAGAAAGCUGAAGAACUCUCUAUUCUUUGUGAUGCUGAUGUUGCUCUUCUUGUUUUCUCUUCUACUGGUAAACUAUUUGAGUAUUCCAGUUCUAGUAUGAAGGGUAUUAUUGAAAGGCGUGAAUUGCACUCGAAGAACCUCCAAAAAACUAACCAACCUGCAUCUCUGGAGCUUCAGCUAGAAAACAGCAACUGUGCCAAGCUACAGAAGGAUAUUGCAGAGCAAAGUCGUCGAUUGAGGCAGAUGAGGGGAGAAGAACUGCAUGGACUGAAUAUUGAAGAGUUGCAACAACUAGAGAAAACCCUUGAAGCAGGAUUGGGCCGUGUUCUAGAAACUAAGGGAGAAAGGAUUAUGAAAGAGAUUAAUUCUCUCCAAAGAAAGGGAAUGGAGUUGUUAGAAGAGAACGAGCGACUAAGACAACAAAUGGCCGAAAUUUCUAGAGGAAACCAAAGAUCUACUGUAUUGAUCAACUCCGACAAAGAAGGCGGUCAAUCUUCAGAGUCUAUCACCAACGUUUGUAGCUCAAUUUCUGGCCCUCCUCUAGAAGACGACAGCUCUGAUACUUCUCUCAAAUUAGGAUUACCAUUCCCUAACUAGUUGGUGAAAAUGCCAUGACAAAUGUCCGUGGAUAGGCUAAUUUGUACUCUUCUUAACAAUUGGACUGUGAACACUACAUCUACAAUUGGACUGUAAACACUACAUCUAUUAUAUUUUGCUAUAAUAAGAAUCGUGAUAUAUAUGACAUGCGCGCAGGGACUCUAGAAAUUGAUUAAUUCUCUUGGAAUCAGACUGGAUACGAACCUUAAAUAGGGCGUGUAUUUUUAUACCAGCUGGAACUGAUUAUGUUUACAGCUACAGCGGGAGUACCAGCUUUGUUAGGCUUGGUACACCAAUCCAGUGAUCCAAUGUGGUAAAGAGGAGUUCAAGAUGAAGCUAAGAAUCCUCAGUUCGAACACUGAAGGCUUAAAUGAUCCUGACAAAAGGCUGUGGUUAAGUUCACCACUUUUUCUUUAAAAGCAAAUAUAAUCUGUUUACGGGAAUGAAAGAUGGAUUUUUUUUUCUCAUUUGGAUAUUAUAGACAUAUCUGGCUAUAUAUUUUUCCAUUUCGAUUU